AUGAGUCGCGGCCGGAUCGCGUCCCGCCCAGAGCCGACGUGCUCGCCGUCCACGGGCGAGUACUAUGUCGACGCCUCGGGGGGUGAUCUCCAGGUCGAUGUGUUGAACUGGACGCUAGCCAACGGCGGCCUUGCGCCCAAGUCGUGGACCGACUACCUCUACUUGUCGGUUGGCAGCACUCUCUCCAACGCCGGCGUAAGCGGGCAAGCCUUUCACCACGGACCUCAGAUCAGCAAUGUCCACGAGCUCGAUAUGGUCACAGGCAAGGGCGAGCUGAUAACAUGCUCAGAAGAUCAGAACUCAGAGCUGUUCCAUGGAGUUCUCGGUGGUCUGGGACAGUUUGGGAUCAUCAUCAGAGCCCGGAUUGCACUGGAGACAGCUCCUCACGGGGUGAGAUGGAUCCGAGUACUGUACUCCGACUUCGCGGCCUUCACCAGAGACCAGGAGCAGCUCGUCUCGCUCCACAGCGCCCACCGGAGCGAAAGGUUCGACUACAUCGAAGGCUUCGUCAUCAUUGAUGAAAGCCUCAUCAACAACUGGAGGUCGUCCUUCUUCUCCCCCAAGAACCAUGUUAAGGUAAGCUCUGUUCACUCCAACACGCUGCUGCCUCGCUGCCUCGGCUCCUCGGCCUCGUGCGCAGCCGCCCGCGUCAGCUCCUCGGCUGACGGCGCAACCUACUGCCUCGGCCCCUCGGCCUCAUGCGCAGCCAAGACGCUGCAGCCAGCACCCUGCCUCGGCUCCUCGGCAGCCCGCUGCCUCGGCCCCUCGGCCACGUGCACAGCCAACACGCUGCCGAGAUCUACCUCAACGCGGCCUGCCCUCCCGAGCAGCGCCCGCUCGGUCGCAGCCUGCCUGCGCCGAGCUCCUCGGUCAUAA